UCUAGAAUGUAAAAGAUUUCUAUACUGUAUGUUCUCAUAAUACCUGGUGUAGACUGACUGGCAAGAUGGGUGGCACGUGCGAUGAACGCAAGUUCUCUUUUUACCAAGCUGUAAAGCAACAUGAACCUGUGCAGAUGUUGGAAGACAUGCGGUACAUGGAGAUAUUUCACUGGGAAGAAUGCAGCCACCAACGGACAUACACUCCGUCUGAGGCACUGAUGUAUGCCAUCGUGCACGACCACCGAGCAUACGCACAAUACUUGGUGAAUGAGUUCUCAGAUGGUGCUUUUGCCAUGCCAGGUGAGAAUGUCUGCUGCAGUCAUUCAUCUGCUCCACACCUAGCCUUGGCUGUCCACUACAACAGGAAGGAAAUAAUGGCUCUCAUUCUUCAAGAGACUUCUUGGUCCUACAUGAACCGGGGAGAAUGCGAGCACAUGGAUGAGGGCAGAACUCCACUCCAUAUGGCAUGUGAGCUGUUACACUCAGAUGCUGUCAUGCUGUUACUGGCAAGCGGGGCUUCACCACAAGCUGAGGAUCGCGAUGGUAUGACACCGCUGGAUCUCAUUCUGGAACAGCUACGAGCCUCCAAAGUGAACACACGUGCCAAGAUGUUAUGCCUGGAAAGGCUGCUCAUGUUCAAGCCUGAAUUGCGGUUCAAAAUGAAGAGCUCACUGAAAAAUGAUCCAGAGUACUGGUCCAAUGUUCUGGGAGAGGAGACGUUUAACUACCUGGUCGGAAGAACUCCAGGGACACUCUUUCUCUUAGCUAUGCAAACAAUUCUGGCUCAACUACCUUCUCGUGAAUUUUUCAAAAGUCUGGACGAACUGCCCGUUCCAGUUUUUCUGAAACCCCUCUGA